AUGGCGAGCUAUGAGGCCGAUUGUGAAGAUCUGUCAGGCGAUGAGUCUUGGGAGACCGACACUGCUACCACUACCACCUUUCUCAGCAGCCGACCUGCAACAACACAACCCCUCUACGCUUUCAAUGACUCCAUGCCUCAUGUCCCAGCUCCAGUAGCAGCAGCAGCAAGUCCAUUAUUGCCACCACCACCUCCACCCAUGCACGCCAUUGAGGAACUAGAGACUGCCGACGAUCCUGCGGCAUACAGUGACGAUUCCGAAUAUUCACUUGACUACGAGUAUUUGGGUCCGCGUAAUCCCAAUUAUCGUCCUCGAGAUGAUGCUGACAGCGAUGCGUCCGAGUUGUCUGAUGCUGAUCUGGAUAUGCAAGAAGCCGAUAACGAUCGUGAACAGCAACAUGAAGCUACAGCAACAACUGCUACAGCAACAACUGCCACGGCAACAACGACAGCGGGGUUUGACAUGUGGGACGAAGAUCCAUACAGCACAAACGACUAUACAUGGGAAUCCAACGAUAUGCGAUUGACAUGGUUUAUCAAAGCUCGCAAGACACAGUUGGCUCAAUUGGAUGCGAUGGCACCAUGGCAUCGCACGAGUUUUUGGCGAAAGGAGAAAGGAUGGCCACGUCAACUCCCAUCUUCAUGCUCAACUACCAACCAUGAUCAAUCAGCGAAUGCAUUAUGUCUUGUUCUUGGCAAUUAUGGUCUCUCAGAACAAUUGUAUGCCAUUUAUCGCAACCGUAUCUUGGAAUGUGGUCGACCUAUCAUUAUGGAUUCAAGACGACAGCAGCACCAGCAUCAUUAUCCUUCCAUCAAUCGAGGAGGUGGAGGUGGAGGAGGGCAUUGGAUGGGAGAACAAAGAUCAAAGCAAGAUCCUUUGACAUGGAUCGACAGUGAUCAGCGUUCCUCCUCCUCUUCAUCUACUUCUAUCAGGAUACAAGGAUCAACAUUGGAUAUGGAUGGAAAAGGCAACAACAACAACAAUGGUGGUAGUAGUAGCGGCAGCAGCAGCAGUGGCAAUCAUCAGCAACAACAACAACCUCUUACUACUACUACUACUACCACGACAACGACAACGACGACCACAACAGCAACCAGUAACCAUGAAGGUGGAUCGGAGGAUGACAAUAGCAAUAGUGGUACAAGCUCCAAUGGCAGCAAGUUUUGUGAAACGCACUUGUCAGUCUCCUUACGUCGGUCAUCGACAUCCGACCAUCCGACAUACAACCACAUGCUGGCAUCCUCCUCAUCUUCCGGGGAUGGCAACAACAACCAUGAUAAUGCAAGUACGGGGAUCAUUUCCAAAUUUGUUCCUUUCACCAAAUACAUCCGACGAGCCGAUUUCCCACCCGUAUUUCGACAAGAUUCAUACAUGGCAUUGGAAUUUGAACCAUUGUGUCUUGCUCAGAAAUAUGGAUACAUGGCCAUUGGGGGAUUGGAAGGUGAAUUUGAAUUGUAUUGUUGUCAUGAUCAAGAGCAUCCACCACGCAAGAUUUGGGGUACAAAGUUCAAGAGCAAGAACAAUGUUCAAUUGAUGACCAAUUCGGUUCAAAUUGUACGACUAUCACGACUCGAUCAACCCAACGUUUAUGAUCACAUGUUGAUUGUAUGCAUGAAUGAAGCUGGUGUAUUGUUAUAUCGCUUACCGCCUCAUCACGAUUGUCUUGAACAACAGCAUCAUCAUCAACAAGUGGUUCAGCUCUAUACGCAUUUGAGAUCUUUUGACAACGUGCCUAUCAACGAUGCCAAAGUCAGCUUUGAUCAACGGCAAAUGGUUUGCGUUGGUGAUGAUCGAUACGUUUUCUUAUUUGACUUGGUCCAUGAUGCAGCGACAGGAUCAGUGGUGUUUACGAAUCAACGCAAGCUUGUGGUGCCCGUGCACAGGUUGCAGGGUGGUGGAGGAGGUGGAGACAAUCCGGCUGGCGAGAUGCCCUACUCUUCUCAAUAUGUGUCAUGGAGCCAAUCGUCAAGGCAUUUUGCACACACUUCAGAUACCCAUAAUCAUGUCCUUGUUUGGCGAGCUGAGACACAACAAGUCUUGUACUCAAUCGACGCUGCUGGAUAUACUUACGCCAUUGCAUUUCAUCCACGCCUUGAAGGCGUGCUCGCUUUCACCAAUCGAUACGGCUAUCUACACACCAUCAAUCUUGAAGAAGCUAUUCUCGCUACUACAUCAUCUUCUUUACAUCAGCAUACACAACAACAACAACAAGUGGUCAAUAUCCUCGAUUUGGACGACACACAACAACCACUACCACUUUCAGCAUCCAGUAACCAUGACAACAAUGAUCAAGAAGGAGGAGGAGGAGAACGUUUGGCAGCACAUCAAGAAAUUACUAUGAUUGCAUUUCGUGGUGAACGGGAUCGACGACUGCGAAUAUUAGCCAAGAUUAAUGGGAUCCAAUGGUCACGGGAUGGCAAGUAUCUCUAUGUGGCUACCAAGAAACGGGUACUGGCAUACGAAUUUCUUAUGACAUCUCGCAGCGUAAGCAGUUUGGUGGAGUUGACAGGGGAUAAAGUUCGAGAGAUCUUUGAACGCUUUGACAGUGCUACUCGUGAACAAGACAACAACAACAACAAGCAACGAAUGAACAUGACUUCAAGGAAACGUAAGCGUAUUGACAAGAAGAAUAUCUCUACAAGACCCUCCAAAGAUCCAAAGAUCAGGGCAACGGCUUGGUUUACCAAAUGGUCACUCGUUCCACCUCAUCUUCGACAUACCGUAUUGAAAGAAUCUAACCUGGCAAGCCAUUGGUGA